AUGGCGCUCGUCUCUAUCCUUCCUCGAAUGUCCCCACAUCCCGCAUCUUCUCUUGGAGGCAACGCUGACCUCGCCUCUAAAGCGCGUGUUGUGGCCUGGUGGGAUCGCUAUCUUGCCGGCCCCGCGUCAGGGCAAUUUGGCGCGAAUGUCAAACCACAUUUGAAGAUCGUGAGCGUUAGCGUGUUCACCGAGCAUGGGUGUGAUGUUCACGAGGUGGUCCAUGAGGCGACCGUUUCCGAAGCGUUCUUGAACUGUAACGGCGUCAUGCACGGAGGGUGUACUGCAUUUAUAAUGGACAUGUAG